ACAGUGCAGCACAUGCAGUAAUUCCCGCCACUUAAUUGAUUAACUGCUUAUUUGAAGUGGCUAAUUAGAUGGGGAGUGUGUCGAGUGUGUGAGGAGGGCUGGGGAGUCGCUAGCACGCUUUAUCUCCGUGCGCGCGUGUGUGAGUGUUUGUCUGAGGAGCUCCGGUACCUCACGUCACUCUGGAGCAGGAGGAGGAGAGAAGAAGAAAAGAGAUAGAGAGGCAGCUGGGUGGAGAGAUUUUCACAGCACUCUCCCUCAUCUGACAUGGCCUCCGCGUAGGAAUCUGGUGCCACUGCAACAGAGGAGCUAGGCAGCAGCGAGGUGUCUAAGGUGUGAGGAGAGAGAGAGUGCUGGAGAGAGGACAGGAGAGAGAGAACGAGAGAAUGAUGGCAGCGGAGGAGGAGAAGCCAGGUUUGAAGAGCAGCAGCUCCAUCGUUCCCUGCUUCUUGUUUGUUGAGCUGGUGAUCAUGGCAGGGACGGUUCUCCUGGCGUACUACUUUGAGUACACAGACACGUUCCCCGUGCACAUCCAGGGCUUCUUCUGCUACGACAAGACGUUCUCCAAGCCCUACCCCGGCCCGGAUGACACCAGCAAGAUACCCCCACUGCUGGUCUACUCACUGGUUACAGGCAUCCCCUGCUUCACGAUCCUGGUAGGGGAGCUGGUGGCAUUCUUUCUGAAGGCUGAGGGGACGCAAGAGAAGACCAUAGUGACAGCAGACUGCUGCUACUUCAACCCCCUUCUGCGACGCAUCGUCCGCUUCCUAGGGGUGUUCUCCUUCGGCCUGUUCACCACCACCAUCUUUGCCAACGCGGGUCAGGCGGUUACAGGAAACCAGACGCCUCACUUCCUGUCUGCCUGCCGGCCUAACUACACGGCCCUGGGGUGCACAUCCAACAUGCAGUACAUCACCCAGCCCCGUGCCUGCACUGGAAACCCCCUGGUAGUGGCAUCCGCACGCAAAUCCUUCCCCUCCAAGGACGCAGCCCUCAGUGUCUACUCUGCAGUCUACACUGUGAUGUAUGUGACGCUGGUAUUCCGGACCAAAGGCACUCGGCUGACCAAGCCUACAGUCAGCCUGACCCUGCUAUGCCUGGCCAUGCUGGUGGGAGUGGUCAAGGUGGCAGAGUACCGCAACCACUGGGCCGACGUCCUGGCCGGCUUCUUCACUGGAGGAGCCAUCGCUGUGUUUCUGGUGACGUGUGUGAUCAACAACUUCCAGCAGACGAGGCCCCCUCCCCCUCCCCCGCGGCCACAUCGCCCUGAGUCGGUGCUAGGCAUGCCCAUGGUGGCUCUGCCAUGUGUGGAGAGUCCUCUCGAAAAGUUAAGUGGAACUCAGACUCCGAGGGGGUCUCCUUUCACAGAGAUCACAUGACCAUCAGCCGUAUCGGUUCCCCGCCACCCCAGAUGUCCUCAUUCCGUCUCGCUCCAUUUCCAGCGAAGUCUAGACCAGCCACACGAACAUGAACACUCACACGAACACCACUGCGCCGCCCACCCGGCAGGCCGCUACUCCACCCUCUACAGAUCCUACUCCACGCAGGUCUAGACUUUCAAAACACACGCACACAAACACAACACACACAGAAUACUCAGACCUCUACAAACCUCCCCCUAACCUUGUCCAAGCCCAAACCCCUGGGGGAACUGAGAGCUCUCAAAGUGAGACUCACAAAGACUUAACAGCUGUCCAGCUGAACAUUCAGUACAGUGCCAGGUACAGUUAUGCCUCUUUCAUUUUGUUGUUUUCAGAGGCUUAUUUUUUGUUUUGCAGACUUGUUUUUGAAUGUGCUUCAUUGUGUGAAGUACACAUCUCACUGAUAUCACAAGGUGAUGUUUCAUCUUCUACGUGCUUGUAAGGACAAACUGUCAAUCCAUUUGACAACUGUGUUCUUUUGUGUUUUCAACUGUCUGCAAUGCAGCCAGUCAUCCUGAAACACUUCAGUCAUUUGUGUCUCUGUACACUUUUAAGAUGAACCCAAACAACCGCUGAAUGAGCGCUCUCUGCUGGCUUUAGGGCUCAUUUUCAGUAUCCUAGAAUGCGCCAGUCAUCAAAUAUCUCAAGUGAACAAAUGUUUACGGACCAAUCACUUUCUGUAGCAACUGUGGUACUUAAUUACUGUACCUUCCAAAUACAGCAUAGAGACAACACACACAGAUCAGGAUCCUGGUAGGUCUACACGCACCGCAUUAGCUCUCUGGCAGACCUCUCUUCAGCUCUGCAUGACAUUACCCAGAUCAAAGGAUUCUGUUCAUAUCACUGAGGAGAAGACAAUACAAGAACAAACAGGAUGAAACUGCAGACGGUUUAUUUUUCUCCGCUUUCGAUUGGUUGCUUCUGCAGCAAGUCAGCAUGAAAUAUAUAUAUAUAUAUAUAUAUAUAUAUAUAUAUAUAUAUAUAUACAGAUUUGGUAAGACCGGAUGAGACACAUUUUGAAAUACAUCACAAGUGACAGGACAUGAGCUUUGUACAGUACCAAACAUUUUCUUUUACACUCAAUGUAUCUGGACAGGGAACCUUGGUUACCAAAGCUUUGUCAUUGUGAUGUCACUAAAAUACUUGUUUACUUACACAUCCCUUUUGCCUGGAAUGGAACGGAUCACAUCGGCAUGAAACGGAUCCCAUCGGAAUGGAACGGAUCCCAUCGGAAUGGAACGGAUCACAUUGGAAUGGAACGGAUCCCAUCGGAAUGGAACGGAUCCCAUCGGAAUGGAACGGAUCCCAUCGGAAUGGAACGGAUCCCAUCGGAAUGGAACGGAUCAUAUCGGAAUGGAACGGAUCACAUCGGCAUGGAACGGAUCACAUCGGCAUGGAACAGAACGCCACACUGGAAAACCAAGAUUCCCUGUCUCUGGGCCGUAGAGAGAUAUUAUUGGACUUUGCCUAUUCAUGUGAUAAUGUGAUUUAUUUAUGAGGAGAUUGAUCGUAGAUGUAUUUAUUUGAUGUGUAUAUAUGGUGUGGUUACCACAAACAGUUUAAUUUUGAUUUGCACAGCCCUCACUCAUAUCCAGUGGUGUAAAGUAUUAAUAAUUAUGUAUAAUUAUGUACUUUUUACUCCAUACAUUUUCCCUGACAGCCCCAAAAAAUGUUUAUGCUUAGCAGAACAGGAAAAUGGUCCAAUUCAUGCACUAUUCAAGAGAACAUCCCUGGUCAUCCCUACUGCCUCUGAUCUGGAGGAGUCACGAAACACAAAUGCUUUGUUUGUAAGUUAUGUGAGUGUUGGAGUGUGCCCCUGGCUAUCCGUAAAUUAAAAAGAUUUGCUUAAUAUAAGGAAUUUGAAACUAUUUCUACUUUACGUUUAACUAAGUAUAUUUUAGCAAUUACAUUUACUUUUGAUACUUAAGUAUAUUUAAAACCAAAUACUUUUAGACUUUUACUCAUGUAGUAUUUUACUGGGUGACUUUCACUUGAGUCAUUUUCUAUUAAGGUAUCUUUAUUUUUACUCAAGUAUGAUAAUUGGGUACAUUUUCCACCACUGCUCAUAUCUCACCCUCCACUUUCCACUCCCUCCCACUGGCGGAUGGUUUUCUUCCACUGUUUGGUUUUCUUCUUUGUGUUGUAUCCUGACUAUACUGUCACUGUGCUGUGGAAUGUUUCCCUCUGCUGGACAACACACACACACACGAAAACGCUCAUAAGAAAACAUAUAUUUAAUAUUGACAAACUCACCAAAAUACACACACGUUUGGACGAACAAACACAUGCUCACCCAACGAAACAAACAAACACACACACUCAUUUACCUCUCCUAAUCUCUAGGCUAUACCUCCCCUCUUUUCCACUUUCUUACACUUAAACCUGUUUGUAUGGUUUUGUAAAUAGUUAUUUUUUGUAAUGAGAAUGUGAUUUUUACACAGACACCCCACUGCUUUCCUUACAUUAAGUGGUUAUGGAGAAAUGGGAACAUUAAUCAUAUCAACUGUAUUACUAAAGACAAGAGUGUAUGUAAAGGUCCUGGUCCACUCUAAAUCAGGCCUGGAUCGGACCUCUCCUCGUUCCAAAAUGGCAGCCAUUCUGCAUCAAACCAGGUACCCUCCCGGUCCAAGGUUGGAGUCAACCGAAGAUGGCCCGUGAUUUUAUGCUAACAAUAUAAUCCCCUCAUGGUUUAGUUUCUCUUGUAAUAGUUCACCUGCCAGUCCGUAUUGGGCCAGUAACCGAAAGGUUGCUGGAUCGAAUCCCCAAAUUGACAAGGUAAAAAUCUGUCGUUCUGCCCCUAAGCAAGACAGUUAAUCAAUGUCAUUGGCUCCCAGGGAACAGUGGGUUAAGGCAGCCCCCCAUGCCUCUCUGAUUCAGAGGGGUAGGGUUGAAUGCAUUCAGUUGUACAGCUGACUAGAUAUCCUCCUUUCCCUAUACACCAAAGUCAGUGAAUUAGGACAAAGUGCACUGUAUACUACUAUCACAAUUUUGAGGGGGUCUGUUGCUUUUACAUUUAAGUCAUUUAGCAGACGCUUUUAUCCAGAGCGACUUACAGAAGCAAUUAUGGUUAAGUGCCUUGGUCUAGGGCACCUUGUCAUCUCGGGGAUUCGAACCAGCGACCUUUCAGUUACUGGCCCAGCACUCUUAACUGCUAGGCCAAAACUGACAGCAGCUACAAAAUACUACACAGAUGGCUUGACUAUGUUUGGGUCAGAAUGUGUGUUCCUUGGUGCAAUACAAUACAUCUGCAGUUUGAUUUAGUUAUAUUUAAAAAAUAAUAACACGAUAAAUAAUGCAGUAACAAAGGAAAAGUGUUUUGAGUUUUAACACUUCAUUUAAUCUUGUUACAACGUACCCUCUGUUUUGUAAAGAUUUGUCUGAUGAGAACAAUAAAUGGAUAUUGCAAUAAAAA